CGUUCACUUCCGUAAGAGUCGAUUAUGGCGGAUAGAAGGGGAGAUCACCUGUAUUCUGUUGACCAUGACCAAAAACGACCGAUGGUUAUUCAGCAUGUCCAGAGAAACAGACCCACACCACCACCACCACCACCUGUAGGCUCUCAGAGAGGGUCCAGCCCAUACCCUCCAAUAACUAUACAAACACCAGAAGGUGCAGUGGGAAUCCCAAUGCAAGGAUCUCCUAUUAUUCCAUGGCAGUUACAGGGAUUACAAGGAGCUGGGUUAAGUCCAGAGAACAUAGCCUUAGCCAUUCUUGAACAAACUGGUGGACCUCCCAUGUUUCCCAUGCAUGGUUCACCAUUGUCCAAUUGGGCUGGGGUUUCACUAGAUUUCUUAGAAGGAAGACUUGGUCCUUUGCAUUCAGGCCAGAGAGUGUCUCCACGCCCAAGGAGCAGAGAACCAGUGCAAAGCCAGACUCCACCUAGAGCAUCCAGUAGGGGCACACCACCUGGCCAAGGACGCAGAAGUUCCUCUCCACUCCCAGCCCAUAGUAACAGAAGCACCCCCACCAGUUAUAGCAACCACGGCACACCCCCUGCCCACAGUAAUAGGGUCACGCCUCCCAUGUCUGGUCCUUUGCCAUUCACAACCAAUCCUGGCUUGAUGCCAUCUCAAGGUUCGUUCCCUGUGGGGAUGAAUCAAGGUCUUGCACCAGGUGCUCCCCCUGGGUUGCCACCGUCGGCAUUGCUAAGCCAGUACCUGCAGGGUUAUCCCAACCAGCCCCCUUUGACCCACCCAGAUGUCAGGAGGCUACAGGAGUUUUCUGGAGUACCACCCCCAGGGUUGCCAAGACCCCCUAGGGCACCGUCACCAGCGGGUAUGGGUCAUCGGCCACCACCACCACUGCACCUGGCCCCACACUUGCUGCAAAUCCCAAAGACUGAGCUGCCACUGAUGGCACCUCAGCCCUCACAUCUGACAAAUGUGGCACAGCAGAUGCUCCCUGAGGAUCUCUCCAGACAUGAGGAAUUUGUGAAAAAAGAAAUCAAAGAAGAGGAAGAAGAAGAACUUGUAGAUAUGCCCAACCCCUUCAACAUGAGACUGAUGAACUUGAACAACUUUCCGGUGAAAGAAAACACUUAUCGUGCAUCUUAUAGGUCACAGACUGUUGCUGUGCAUAGGGCAAAGGCUGGUUCCAUCACCAGUGCAGCAAAGUCUUUGGAUAUCUUAAGACAGACACUACAGAGAAGCAUCAACAAGGAGCUGGAUGCAGUUAUACAAAAGUACAUUGAAACAUUUUUUGGUUCAGCUGUUGAAAAUAUAAAAUUGAAUAAUGGUGAGAAUUCUGUCUCUGAUGACCAUAUCCAAGCAGUUUGCAGGCAGAUGUUGGAAGAGGCCAAAAAGAUGUACAUUCGUGAAUCAAGGAGUCCCACACCAGUGAGAGAUGGCUACGUGUCAGACAACCCAUCUGAAGUGGGGAGUUUGACAGGGUCACAUGCUGGGAGAAGAAGGAAAAGAAGAGGCUCAGAUACAGACUCAGAAGCUAGUGUGCCAACAAAGAGAAUUAAUGUGUUCAAGAAAAAAGGAAGGCCCCCACUUUCAUCAGGAAGAUCAACUCCAUCAAAAACAUCAAAAGCAGAUAGUGUGAAGAGGGAAGGUCACAAGUGGGAUGCUGACCGUUUAAAAGAAGAUACAUUGUUUAUCAUGGGGUCGAAAGCUAAUAAGGCAUUAGGUCUUGGAGCUACUCGAGGACGACUGUACAUCAAACAUCCUGAUAUAUUCAAGUAUUCUGGAGACCAAGAUGAUAAAGUAUGGCUUUAUGAAAACCAUAGAAUGCCAGCCACUGGAGGAAAAGCUUAUCUUUUACUGGUGGAAGAUAUGCAAGAACUUAUUGAGAGCUCAGAGUACAGAGAUAACAGCGGGCUGAUGCCAGAGCUGAUCAAAGGUUUCACGGUACCAGACUGGAUGAUAGAGAAGAUGAAGAUCCAGAUGAUGGCCAUGAGGACAGAUAAAGGGAAGAAGGACAGGAGCAGGUCAGCCACGCCCAUGGAGACCAAGACCAGCAACCAGGUCAUGGAGGAGAAUGCAGUGGAUGCAGAUGUGGAAUCUGAUAAACAUUUACCAUUUACAAAUGAAGAAAGCUCACAGGUCACAUUGGGAGCCUGCAAGAGGGAACAGCAGCCAUCUCCGGCAAAUACAGAAGAGAUGGAACUGCUGUCUUCACAUGGAGAGGAGGACAACCCAUCGCCAUUUGGUAUCACAGGCGGAUUUGGAGGGGUUAGCCCUGCCCCAGGGGGGUCUCCCUCAACUUCAGACUUACUGGAUGAUNUCGCUGUGCAUAGGGCAAAGGCUGGUUCCAUCACCAGUGCAGCAAAGUCUUUGGAUAUCUUAAGACAGACACUACAGAGAAGCAUCAACAAGGAGCUGGAUGCAGUUAUACAAAAGUACAUUGAAACAUUUUUUGGUUCAGCUGUUGAAAAUAUAAAAUUGAAUAAUGGUGAGAAUUCUGUCUCUGAUGACCAUAUCCAAGCAGUUUGCAGGCAGAUGUUGGAAGAGGCCAAAAAGAUGUACAUUCGUGAAUCAAGGAGUCCCACACCAGUGAGAGAUGGCUACGUGUCAGACAACCCAUCUGAAGUGGGGAGUUUGACAGGGUCACAUGCUGGGAGAAGAAGGAAAAGAAGAGGCUCAGAUACAGACUCAGAAGCUAGUGUGCCAACAAAGAGAAUUAAUGUGUUCAAGAAAAAGGGAAGGCCCCCACUUUCAUCAGGAAGAUCAACUCCAUCAAAAACAUCAAAAGCAGAUAGUGUGAAGAGGGAAGGCCACAAGUGGGAUGCUGACCGUUUAAAAGAAGAGACAUUGUUUAUCAUGGGGUCGAAAGCUAAUAAGGCAUUAGGUCUUGGAGCUACUCGAGGACGACUGUACAUCAAACAUCCUGAUAUAUUCAAGUAUUCUGGAGACCAAGAUGAUAAAGUGUGGCUUUAUGAAAACCAUAGAAUGCCAGCCACUGGAGGAAAAGCUUAUCUUUUACUGGUGGAAGAUAUGCAGGAACUUAUUGAGAGCUCAGAGUACAGAGAUAACAGCGGGCUGAUGCCAGAGCUGAUCAAAGGUUUCACAGUACCAGACUGGAUGAUAGAGAAGAUGAAGAUCCAGAUGAUGGCCAUGAGGACAGAUAAAGGGAAGAAGGACAGGAGCAGGUCAGCCACACCCAUGGAGACCAAGACCAGCAACCAGGUCAUGGAGGAGAAUGCAGUGGAUGCAGAUGUGGAAUCUGAUAAACAUUUACCAUUUACAAAUGAAGAAAGCUCACAGGUCACAUUGGGAGCCUGCAAGAGGGAACAGCAGCCAUCUCCGGCAAAUACAGAAGAGAUGGAACUGCUGUCUUCACAUGGAGAGGAGGACAACCCAUCGCCAUUUGGUAUCACAGGCGGAUUUGGAGGGGUUAGCCCUGCCCCAGGGGGGUCUCCCUCAACUUCAGACUUACUGGAUGAUGCUGCCCCAUUAACUGGACCUUUUGAAUUACAAUAUGGUGGACAUUAGAAUAAUUUGGUGAUGUUGUUUUCAGCUUGUCUAACAAGAGUAGGUGCUAAAUCAAGAGGAAGAAGUUUUAGGAGUUUUAGUGACACCUGAACUGGAACAUCUGUGAUGGGAUUAUUGAAGAUCUGUGUUGAUUUAAAUAGACAAAUAGACUUGACAGGUCUUCAUGAAUGUUCUUUGUUACUUGCUGGUCAAGGAUUUAUAAAGAUUUGAAUGUUAAUGCUGGAUAAGCAGCUGCUUCGCACAAGAAAAGAAACUGUUUGAUAGUAAUAAUUUGGAUUAUAACAGUGGUUUUAUAUGAAAAUGAAUUUUAGACUACUGUUGUUAAGAUUGCUGUUUGAUAUUUUUAUAGAAGUAUUGUGCCGUGAAUAUUGUAUGGAAGGGUUUAAAAUUUCAUUAAUAAUAUAUAUUUUAAAUAUAUUGUGUAAAGAUAUUAAAAGUUGUUUGUAGACCAUGUACACAUAUUGCUUUGUAUUCAAAGUAUAUUCUUUAAAAUUUUUA